AUGGAAUAUAAUACCUACGACAAUCUAAAUUCCUCAUUAUUUGAUUCAGAGGUGAAAUAUAAUGUCUACGACAAUCCAAAUGGGACUGACUUUGAAAAUUUCCUAAUUCCAAUUAUUCCAAAUUUUACUGAGACCAUCAUCUUUAAUGUGAUUCUUUUUACUCUCUGCUUUUUGGGACUUUUAGGGAAUAGAAAUGUCAUCUGGAUUCUUGGUUUCCAUAUGAAAAGGAAUUCUUUCUCCCUUUAUAUCUUGAAUUUGGCUGUGGCUGAUUCUGGAGUACUCAUGUUUAAGGUUUUGAUUCAAAUAUUUGAGAUCCUCAUGCUGUCCUUGCUGAAUGCUAGAAUGGAAUAUAACAUCUCACACAAUGGAACUGAGAGCUUCUACAAUAGAACCAGUCUACCAGAAGAUCAAGGCACAAUUCCUCUAGGAGUGUUUUUGAUGAUCACUAUAACUCUACUCAUUUGCCUCUGGGGACUUGUGGGAAACGGAGGUACCAUCUGGCUCCUUGGGUUCCACAUUAAGAGGAAUAAUUUCUCGACUUACUUCUUGAAUCUCUCCAUUGCUGACUUUGGUGUCCUCAUAGGUCUCAGUGCCAUUGAUGUAUAUUGGCUUAUAGCCAAAGCUAGUCAUAUAGAAUAUGGCGAUCCACUAAAGACGUUAUUUCGUGGUCUUUUCUUGUUCAUGUACAGUACUGGUUUAUGCAUCUUGACUGCCAUCAGCAUUGACAGGUGCACAGCUGUUUUUUUCCCACUUUGGUAUCGAAUCCACCGUUCCCAGAAAAUGUCCGCCAUUGUAUGUAACAUAAUAUGGGUGUUCAACUUCCUAUUUUCUUCUCUACAUGUCACUCUCUUGUUAACAACCGGAUAUUAUAUGCUAAGGUUCUACCAAUUUCUCCUGAAUGCCCUAAUUCUCACUCCUGUAAUGACUAUCUCCACGUUAGCCCUUUCAUUGAAAGCCUGUUCAUUAUCUCCUCAUCAUAAGCAAGGGAAACUUUGGAUCACCAUCUUGCUCACUCUUCUCUUUUUUCUCUUUUUUGCUUUUCCAAUGAACGCUAUUCAGUAUCUCUCACUGUAUUAUCCCCAGUUUGAUAAUCCGUAUGUCUAUGAAUAUGCCUAUAUUUGUUCUUCCUUAAAUAGCACCAUUAACCCACUCAUCUAUUUCCUGGUAGGAAGAGACAAAAGAAGACCAUCUAGAAUGACAAUCAAGUUAAUAUUUGAGAAAGUUUUUAAGGAAGAGGAAAGCCGUGGAACGGAACUGGAAACCUCGGUCACAACCAAAUCAGAUGUAUAA